CUCAAUUUCUGUGUCGAGCUAGACUGUAGUGUGCAGAAACUCGACACAGAAGAACAACUGAAGAAGAAUUACAUUUUCUUUUAAUCCGAAUCUGAAGUAAACUCCGAGAUGGUUGGGAGUAAAUCGAAUUGCGUAUACGUAAACGGCAGUAAUCGCCCUUACUAUCACAGGAGAUGUAAAGGGAAGAUCAGUUCGACAAAUAUCGAGUCUCUUCCCGACGAAUUGGUUUUCGACAUUCUUCUACAUCUCCAGUCCGAAGAUAUUCACAGAGGGGCAAGACUCGUUUGCAAGAAAUGGUACAACACGGUCCGAACCCGUAAUUUCAGAUGCGCGCGCCUUCGCAAUUCAACAGUUGGACUUCUGAUUCAUAGUUCGGGCGACGAGCGUCCAAUUUUUCUGACACUGGAAAAAGGCCGAGUUGAGAUGUCGAAGCUGAGUUACAAGAUUCCCGGGAGAGUUUGGACUAGUUGCAACGGUUUGAUACUCGACUAUGAGGUUAUGAGAGACGGUAUAUAUCUUUUCACUUUAAAUCCCGCUACGAAGCGUUGCUUUGAUCUCCCCCCGUUUAUUAGUCGAUCUGAUUCAAGCUACGAUUAUUCCGGUAUAGCGUAUGCUGCGGCUUCGAUGGAGUAUAAAGUGGCUCAGACGUUUAGUUCUAGGCUUAGGUAUCCGUUUGUACGAGGCUGCGCUAUAUUGACCGUCGGAGUUGAUAAGUUUUGGAGGCAUGUCGAUACCGAAAACUUAUCCCCGAUCGGUAGAGAGAUUCUCCGAGGUAUUCCAUUGACUACUGAAGGUUAUUUUCAUUGGACUCACAGAGAAGGCACUCGGGUUUUGACUUUGAACGUAGAGACUGAAAUUAUUACAGAGACUCUUGUCCCGAAUGGGUAUGGAAAAAAAACGAAGUAUUAUUUGUCGACUGGGAGGUCUCUAACUUUGCUCAUUGCAUGCAGUGGAUUUUCGUGGGAGGUUCUGAAGAUGAAAUCCGAAACGGGAGAAUGGACGAAGUUGACCAAGGUUGACUUGAAAGCUCGAAAGUGCGAAUUCGAACAGUUUGUUAGGGAAUGUUGUGGGCCCGUAGUACAACCUAGUUCUCUUGUCAUCAAACCGGUUGGUUGGUUAGAUGAAGAGGUUUUGGUGUUGAAUGCUUUCCCAACUUUGGUUUGUGUUCUCUACAAAGUACGUGCGCAAGAAAUUGAGUUCGUUGAGUUAGAUUUUGACGACGACGAUCUCAACUUUCAAGUUCAUAGAAUCAGAAUGUGAUUCUUUUGAGUAGUUUCAACUUGUAUUUGGUUGUAUUAAAGCAACGUAAAUUUACUUGCACUUGAAAACUAAUGUUGUAUGUAUAAUCAAAA